CUGCUUCGUUUCAGUAAAAGCAACAAUGGCGAAACUGUUUAAGCAACCUAAGAACUCUUACCUACUCUGUCUGCUUCAACAGCGACCGGUAGUUUCUCUUGAAUGGAUAAACCUUUGAGGGGGAGAAGUGGAAAAGCAGUCCAGCGCGGAGUGAUGUUUCUCAUAGGAUUAUCCAUCACGACUGGACUAGACUACGAGACACAGAGGUUUUUAAGAGAAAGGAUUUUAUUUGAGGGGUCUAAUUAUUCGCGAGUAAUACUACAUCUCAAUGUGAACCAUGGGGCUUCCACGAUACACCUGCAACACCGCGAUCAGCCGGUGGCAUUGCUGCUUUUACUCUGAAAUUCGGUUACAAUCGGUAAAAUAACCAGGUCAGCUAUUAACUACUCAAGGCGAUACCAGUUCGUUUAGCUCUGCCGUUUCGAGCCGGAUCUCGAUAGUGUCGGCUUCGAUUUUGUAUAUACUAAUGAUCAGUCGCAGUCGUGGACGCAGCUCCUCCUUCAAAAGUUACAAUGAGUCUCUAAUGAGUGAGUCCUAAAAUCGUUCGCCAUAGGCUUCGAACUAACUAUUACUGAAUGUGUCCUUGAUUUGAUACUGCUUGUGCUUCUUGUUCAAGUAGCUUUACUGGAUCAUUUGUUGCGAUACAACGAGUCGGAUCACAUCAGUGAGUCUUUCUUCGAAAAGGUGAAUUGCCAAUAAAAUAUAUAGAUGUUUCUGCUGGACAUAAACGAUUGUCAGACUGACUAGCCGUAAAGCGGCCAUCUAAUCUAGGCAGACGGUCAGUUGUUAGCGUUCUGGUCAAUACGCUAGUAACAACGACGAGCUAUUGCUUCACGAGCUCGAUAAGCCUCCGAAUCUUCGAGUGUUUUCUGGCGAAGAUUUCAUCUUUGAACUAUUCCCAAAGGAAAAAGUUAAUUGGCAUCAGGUCUGUUGAAGGAACAAGAUAUUCCACAAUACUCUUUCGGUUACAGUUCAAAUCGCCGUUGUGGUCUCUGGCGUACGGCAAAAAUAGCCGUAUCGAGUGAGAAGGCCCACGAUGCAGAAGAGGUGCAUCUAUUCAACGCUGAUUUUACUGCUUUUCAGCUUUGAUAAAUCAGUGGCAUCACCACAAGUCGAUGUCCGAUUCCUCUUUACUUCGAAAUUUAAUUUCCGGUCCGAUACUACCUUUGUACCGAAGUUUGAGUACCAGCUCGCUAUACCACAAUUUCCCCCUGCGCCGUACGUCGCCCUUUAUCAGUCGCCACCGCUUGCCACAGUGCCAACCCAAACGCCGGACACUCUAACGUCGACGCUCAUAGUUCCCCAUAUUUUCGAAAAUGAGGGCAUUGAACAAUAUCCAGGCGAACGGGCCUAUAAGCGACAAAGGAAACUUUCAUCUCGACGCUUAGCCGGUUACGGGAGCGCAACGGCUGGAAAGCCGCUAUCUUAUUCAUUAGGCCCCGACGUCCGAGGCAGCUGGGAGCCCACUCACACACAAAUCCUCGAAGCAUCAUUAGCCGAUGAGGACGAUCGUCACUAUGAAAAGCCUAGAUACAGAUACACACAGGUGGGGAUUUCCUACGGCAGACAGGCUGAUUACCACCACAAGGAUGGCGGGUACGGCCCCUAUGAUCCACACGGCACUCGGGAGUACGCAAUAGCGACGGGAUCCUAUCGAGCCGACAGACGACAUUGAAAGAUUGCUAUAUAUAUAUAUAUAUAUAUAUAUAUAUAUAUAUAUAUAUAUAUAUACCUAUAUAUAUACCUUUAGUUGCAAGCAUAGAUAGCCUAUUGAGCAAUGGUUGCAUGGCAAGUAGAUAUAGAAUAUGUCUUGGAUAGAAUAAAGGAUAUGAAUAUUUUCAAAGCGAUUACUGCCCUUUAAUACAUAAGCAGUUGUAUGUUAUCUUCUAAAGCUGUUUGUUACAUUUUACUGCUCCUAAGCGCCGUCCAAAACAUAUUUGACAGAAAAAACGUUAAGUGUCGGAUAAAACUCUGGCGUUAUAUUUAGUAUACCUCUGUAAUGGUUUAUAAGUAUUUGGCUUUUCUAUAUACUAUAUAACACUAUACAACAGGA